CUCACACAACUUUCAUACACAGAACGUGCUAUACAACUUAAAUACCUCACACAACUUUCAUACACAGAACGUGCUAUACAACUUAAAUACCUCACACAACUUUCAUACACAGAACGUGCUAUACAACUUAAAUACCUCACACAACUUUCAUACACAGAACGUGCUGUACAACUUAAAUACCUCACACAACUUUCAUACACAGAACGUGCUGUACAACUUAAAUACCUCACAGAACUUUCAUACACAGAACGUGCUAUACAACUUAAAUACCUCACAGAACUUUCAUACACAGAACGUGCUGUACAACUUAAAUACCUCACAGAACUUUCAUACACAGAACGUGCUGUACAACUUAGAUACCUCACAGAACUUUCAUACACAGAACUUUCAUACACA